ACCACUUCCUCAUUCGCUCAACCACUCCAACUUCCUUCCAUAUCAAUCAAAUACGUACGUAUAUGUAUUUAUAUAUCUAUAUGUAAUUAUAUGUAUGUAUUCUUCUUCCAUACACUGCUUUGACCAGCGAUCUCUCUUUCUCAGAACUUUCCUCUUCGAUUUCCUCUCUCCAUUUAUACCCUCUUCACUUUAACCUUUCCUCUUCGUCUCAUAUCUCUACUUCCUCUCAUCUGUCUCCCCCUUUCUUUACCUAUAGACACACAUAACUUAUUUACAUUGAUUAGCUUGGAGAUGGAGAACAAUCAGCAAUCAUUCUAUCAAUUCAGCGACCAGCUUCGACUUCAGACCAACAACUUGGCCAAUCUCUCUCUCAACGACUCCAUCUGGAGCAACUCCUAUGUCUCCAAAAGGCCCGAACAGAGGCGAAAUUUUGAUAUUAGUUCGGUGAAUUCGUCGAACACUUUGAAGGCAAAAGCUUCCGAUUUCAAUGGGUUCAACGAUGGUUGGAAGUUCGGCUCUUCUGGUAUUGGAUCAAUCGGAUCCUCUCAGAAUCUCAACAUGGUUGGGCUUAAUGGUGGCUUCAAUAAGGGGGUUUACUCGAAACCUUCCAUGAACUUCGAUCUCAACAACAACAACAGUCUUGCUUUCAACAAUAGUGUUGGUUUUAAUGGGAAGGGUAAUAAGAUUGGUGGUGGUAAGUUUGAGGAUGAUCAUCUUGGAGGCAAAAUUGGGAAGAAAAAUAAGAACAAGAACACCAAAAACAACAAUGAUAGUGACAAUAAUAGCAAGAACAGUGUCGAGAAAAAGUUCAAGACACUCCCACCAUCAGAGUCUCUGCCAAGAAAUGAAACCAUUGGUGGGUAUAUCUUUGUGUGCAACAAUGAUACUAUGCAGGAGAAUCUCAAGAGGCAGCUCUUUGGUUUGCCUCCUCGCUACCGAGAUUCAGUUCGGGCAAUUACUCCAGGCUUGCCCCUUUUCCUUUACAACUAUUCCAACCAUCAACUCCAUGGCGUUUUUGAGGCUGCAAGCUUUGGAGGAACAAAUAUUGAUCCGACUGCGUGGGAGGACAAAAAGAACCCGGGUGAAUCACGUUUUCCUGCACAGGUACAAGUCAUGAUAAGGAAGGUUUAUGAACCACUAGAAGAGGACUCCUUCAGGCCGAUUCUUCACCAUUACGAUGGUCCCAAGUUCCGUCUUGAACUAAGUAUUCCAGAGGCGCUUUCGCUGUUGGAUAAAUUUGCAGAGGAUCUACCCUUGAACGACCUGGUCUAAAGGCACGUAGCUAGAUAUACAUUUCAUAUACGCAGAGGAUAAUGAUGAAAGUAAAGAAAGAAGAAUGAGUCAUUUGGCUAUAAUAUAUAUAUAUAUAUAUAUAUAUAUAUAUAUAUAUAUAUAUGUUUGUGUGGGUUUAUAUAUAUAUAUAUAUGUGGAGUGUGAAGACUUUGGAUGAAGAAGAAUAGGGAUGGGUUUGCCCAUGUGAUGUAUAACUUUUUGUAUGGAGCUUAUAAUUUCUGUUCUUCAGCCUGGCAUACACUUACGAAAAAUAAUGAAAGUGAACUUUAUUGUGGUCUAA